AUGAAACCCAGGGAGGUGGUGCUGGUGCUGGCUGGACACGACUUCAGACACAAAGCCAUCAUCAUGGAGAACAUUGAUGACGGCACCCCAGACCCACCCUACAGCCAUGCGUUGGUGGCUGGAAUUGAGUGUUACCCCCGCAAAGUGACAGCUGCCAUGGGCAAGAAAAUUGCCAAGAGAUCAAAGAUCAAGUCUUUUGUGAAAGUUUAUAACUGCUGUCACCUCAUGCCCACAAGGUACUCUGUAAAUAUCCCCUUGGACAAAACCAUUGUCAACAAGGAUUUCUUCAGAGACCCUGUGCUUAAGCACAAGGCCUAG